CCUCUGGCACAGGAUAUCCUCACUGUGUUUCAGUUUCACCGCUACACUGUUGAACACGAUGUCACGGACAUGGAGCGACACCUGCUGGAUUUAGCCAAAGAGGUCAUGCUUGAAGAAGCCCUGAGCUGUGGGGAUACAGAACGCUGUGUGAAGGAACUACAGGAAGUGUCCGUCAUGUGUCUUCAGCCCCGCCCUCAAACCUUGUGGGCUGUGGCUGGGCUGUUGACCUCUGAUGACCCUGAUGUGAUGAAGGCCGCUACAGCCUUCCUCUCCUCUGCUGCCUCACACAAACCCUUCAGGUCAAAG